ACUGUCUGUUCUCAGAUGGCAGGAGGAAUCUUCUCCAAUUUGGGUAAUCUGUGUGAUGUGGAUUGUGCUAAUGUCCACCCCCUGGUGUGUCACCUGUGCCACGAGCAGUACAAAUCUCCAUGUUUAUUGGACUGCUACCACAUCUUCUGUGCCCGCUGCCUGCGAGGUCGGACCAAUGACAGCCGUCUCAGCUGCCCCCUCUGUGGUUACCAUUCAGUAGUAAAAGGAAAUCACACCCUCCCACCUGAGGAUCGUCUGCUGAAGUUCCUUGUUGACAAUAAUGCAGAUGCUGAGGAGAAAGUGCAAUGUGCGAACUGUGACCAGGAAGGUAACAAAAAGGACACAGGGGUGAUGUACUACUGUAACACUUGCAGCCAACCACUCUGUGCCACCUGCAGAGAGCUGACACACAAGGCCAGAAUGUUUUCCCACCAUGAGAUCGUAUCGCUGGCCAAACGCACCAAAGCCAAACACAGGAAAUGCUCUCUUCACGAGGAGCCCUACAUUCUUUUCUCAACGGAGAAUAAGUCUAUGCUGUGCAUCAAAUGUUUCAGAGACAUGAAAGUAGAGAGUCGGGCUCAUUGCAUUGAUAUUGAAACAGCUUACGCACAAGGGUGUGAGAUGUUGGAUCAGGCUGUGCUGGUGGUGAAGGAGCUACAGACAUCAACUGGAGAAGCAAUCCAUCUGCUGAGGGCAAUGAUCGGAGAAGUGGGUCUCAAUGUGGAGGAAGAAGAGACUGCGAUUUGUAGUCUGUUCAACAGUUUGCAGGAAAAACUAGCAGAGAGGAAGAAGAUUCUGCUGAAAGCAGCUCAGAGUCAACAUGAGGAGAAGGAGAAAGCGCUAAAGGAACAAUUGUCACACCUUACCGCCCUCCUACCAACACUCCAGGUCCACCUGGUCACUUGUUCAGCCUUCCUGAGCUCUGCCAACAAGUAUGAGUUUUUGGAUAUGGGCUAUCAACUCAUGGAGAGGCUGAAGAGGAUUGUAAAGCUCCCUCAUCGACUGCGGCCAGUGCAGAGCAGCAAAAUCAACACAGAGUAUAGAAGCGAGUUUGCUCGCUGUCUAGAGCCUCUGCUGCAGAUAGGACCGCGGCGCCCUCCUUCUGUCACUGGUUCCACAAAUGUCGUAACAAGGCUCCAAUCCCCUCUGUCUGUAACUUGCCGCUCCCCUUGUCUCAGUGAGAUGCCACUGGGUUCAGCAUUUGGGCGAAGGCCCACGUCUCACCGUAACAUCUGCACCAAGGUCCUUUUGGCUGAAGGCAAGGAGACACCAUUCACUGAGCACUGCCGUAACUAUGAGAACACCUACAGGAGUCUCCAGACAGAGAUUCAGAAUCUGAAAGACCAGGUCCAGGAGCUGCACAGAGAUCUGACCAAACACCAUUCCAUCAUCAACACAGACAAGAUGGGAGAGAUCUUGGACAGAUCGCUGCACAUUGACAGUCAGAUAGCCACUCAGUACUCCACUGUGGAAACAAUGAGAGUCAUGUUUGAGGAGAUCUGGGAUGAAACUUUUCAGAGAGUCACUAAUGAGCAGGAAAUCUAUGAAGCCCAGCUUCAUGACCUGAUGCAGCUGAAGCAGGAGAACUCGUAUCUAACUACUAUCACCAGACAGAUCAGUCCCUACAUCCUGUCCAUUGCCAAAGUCAAAGAGAGGCUUGAACCCAGGUUUCAGGAGCCGAAAGAGCAUCUAGAUGACCGCACAGAAAUAAUGCUGAAAAUCUACGAAGACAGCACAAUAACAAAGGAGAAUGGAGACAGCAACAACCAGGGUUGUAUCAAAGACCAAGACAGAGACAAGAACAGUCGCCCACUGAUGCUGGAGUCCAGGGAGAGUUCUGUCAAGAAUAAUCGUGCAGGCAGGCAGAGGGGCCCUGUGGAGAUGGCCAACAAUAAUGAAAUUGCUUCAUAAACACCACAUCAUUUGAUUUCUGACCACUCCCCCACUCUCUGCUGCAGUGGAACAUUGUGCCUUAAUUCAGCCAUAACAAUCCCAGUGUGGAAUGUGACUUCCCCGGCUGUCCUCAUACAAUACAACACAUGACAUUUUCUCAUCAGCUGGGAGCUGUCAACAGCUCCAAGGUGAGCCCUUGGAUUGACACUAACUGGAUGUACAUGAAGGCCAAAGACUCACAGCUGUCAAAGCAUGACGCUGACAACCUCCUUGUUUAAUGGGGGCUAGGAUAACAGAAUCAUGGCAAAUUAUUUUGGUGUUAUUGAAGAACCAAGGAUGGUCUUAAUGAAAGAGUAGGGUGAAGACUAUGACCUCACUGGAUUGUUUCUUUAUUUUCUUUUUUGUGUUAAUAUGACUACAUUGCUUAGUGUGAAUUAUCAUUCUUUCUUUUUUAAGUGUGCAUAGAAUUACUUUUUGCACAUUCUAUUCUUUGCAUAAAACAUUUGUGGAUGCUGGGGGUGGAUGAUGGAUGAUGGCCCAUGUUUGAUUCCCCAGAAGAUUGUUGAACCGGUGUGACAGCACGUAUGAAACACUCAAAUGCAAUGAUGUGUGUGUCUUUCUUGGUGUCAGCAGAAAUUGCAUGUUGAUACCUGUUAUGUGUAUCAUUUCAUGCAUCAGUGUCCUUUUUAAAUAAGGCAGUGGGGUGUCUGUGGUCAGUUUUCCCUGCAGUUUCUACAUCUACAUGUAGAAGGUAGGAUUGCAGAUGUGUGUAAAAGCCUGAACACACCCAGCUGCUUUAACCUGGAGCUCCUGCUAGUACAUUUUAGACAUAAUUCUCAUCCUUCCUGCUGUACAAGGCGCCAUGUCCUGCAGUGUGAAAUAUAUAGCUCUUGGUCUAGCUCUCUGUUUUCUCAUACUGAAGUUUUAGAUGCCUUCUUUAGUCUUCUUUUGGGUGUUUGCACUGUUAGAAAGUGGUAGGAAACUUACUUUCACUCUCCCCUUUCCCUGGUUUCCUUCCUAUGCAUCUUAGUUAAACGGUAGUCAUUUAAACAGUUUUUGUUUUUUUAACCCGACAGGAGGUGGCACAUAAAGGUCUUUACUUUUUACCACAAAGGUGUGUAAAACAAUAUCAGGAAAACAUAGAAUUUUAAAUCAUUAGAGUAAGUGCUUGCUGAGUGAAAAUAAUUUUUAAAGGACUUCUUCUUCUGCAGGGAAAAACUGCAUGUCUGUGCAACACAACUUUGUACAGAACAGUGAAUCAAGGUGAAGCCUCCCCACCUGCUACCAGGGCAGAAACGAGGGUGGCCCCUAUUCUUGGCACAAGUACGAAUAAUAAUGAAGAGGUAGACUGAUGGCCUCGGCAAACAGAAGGAGGAGGUUAUUUACAUUGCACAACCAGAGUUAAAGUGGGUUUCUUCAGAGCCGCCACUUCACAGGAAAUAUUGGGGUCACAGUGGCCUUAAGGAACAUUCUGACUCUGCAGAGGAGUCAGAGGUGUAGAUUCAUUAAAAAUACAUUUGUGACAGCAGAGUAACAAAUAGCUGUGCCUGUGCUCUGGGUCCUGUAUCCCCUCCCCAUGGUCAUUCAUCAUCUGCGCUCAUCGAACUACUGCUUGGUGUUCAUUAUUCUCUUUUUUUCUGACUAUCUGCUGUGUUUCCUCACCCACUGUGUGCAGGAGGGGGUAUAAAAACAGUAAAAGCUAUAUCUCUUCUUGAAAAAAUUUAUUUUAAGCGUUAAUGACACACGGUUCCCAUUUCUUUAACAGUCAGAAACACCUUUGCUCCAUCCAUUUUCCAGCAGGUAGCAGGCGAGACACUUGAUAGGCUGCAAGAGGAACAAAGCCUAAUUGUCAUGCAACUGAAAAAAGAAAAGAAAAAAAAGCUGGAAAAGAAAGACAAAGAUACAACUGAAUGAAAGUUUAAUGAUCUAAUAGAAAAAUUAGGCCACUUGAGAAAAAUAUGGCAUUAGGAUAAAUGCAAUUAAAGCAAAUAAGAGCACAUUAAUGAUGAAACUGCAAAGGAAUAUAUAAUAAGACUAGAAAUGCACUUAAGUCUUAAUUAUGCUGCAUACUAAACUACACUUUUAUAGCAAAAGAAAUUCAAUUCGCUUUGAAGAUUGACUGGCUAAAGAUGCAUUACCAGGUUAAUCAUGUUAAACUAAAUGUUCUAAAUAGCUAAUAUUUAAUAAUAAAAGUCGGCUAUAAAAUCAUAGGAGAACAUUCUUAUUCCACAAAGAAUUUAACAAUUAAACUCAAUAUAUUGAAGCAAAAUGCAAGAAUGACUUUGCUUCUGAAUCUGUUUAGUAACUGAUGCACUUGUCAUAGUAGGUUGAUUUGAUUACAGUGACUUGUUCCAGGACAAAUUGAAAAUUAUACUAUGGCUUGUGAACACACAUAUUUAUUCACAAUGCUACCAUGAUCACAAGAAGACCCUAUAUGUUUUGCUCUAUAAUAUGAGAAGACAGUUUGUAAAUUUCUGACUUUUUCUGCAUGCUUAAGGAGACCACAUCCCCACAGAGUCAAAGCCCUUCCUAAUAACCUUUUUUUGGGUGGUUGUUGUGCCAGAUAAGCAGAUAAAACCUGUCAUUGAGGUGGUGCUACAUCACAGUAUGAUAGCAACCAUGAAGUGGUACUAAUCUUUCAUUAUUAUUCCCGAUUAUUAUCUGUUCUCUGUUUUGUUUAUUUUGUUUUUAUUUAUUUAAGUUAAUUUUUGUUUCAAUGGACUUUUUAGUUUUUUUUUUUUUCUUUUGUUUGUUCUUUGGUUUUUGGUCUUGGCUUGAAAAUUGCACCCAUAAUGAAGUAAGUAUAUCUCUGCAACCACAAGGCCUAUUUGAAUACUUUUGGAGUCAUGGUAAAGAUUUGUGAGUUUAAUUAAGAUGUAUAAAUAUCAGCAUACAGUAUGUGUUACUGGUGAAGACGUAAUGAAGGUAGUACAAAGCUUAAAUGAAAAAAGUCCACCUAAAAGGAAAAACACUUUCAGGAUGAAUGUGAAUUCCCGUUUGGAAUGAUGCAGCUGUUGCUCUGACUCUGUAAAGUGAAGCAAACCUCAAUUAGAGAGAUAUCAGUACAAACAUUUCAGAUAAGGUCUCCACCUUAUUUUCUGGACCUCAUAUUUUAUAAUUUACAUUUUAUCUUUCUCUUGUGGCUGUUUGACAUCAGAAUUUCACAGCAUUUAAUUAUGUCACGCCAUUUCCUUUCAGCUGUUAUUUGUAAUUAUUUAAGUUAUUUUCUUUGGUUUUCGGAAUCAGCUCUUUCGUUAACAACAAGGUCUCUGAACUCAAAUCACACAAAUGUUUCCUAAUUAUCAUAAUCAAACUAAUAUAGCUUUGCAGAAUGAAUGUGACUGUGAGGCCCAGUCUAUCUUUGCUUUGACUCUUUCAAGAGAACACUCAAGAGACAAGAAAUCUACUUUUUUUAAAAUGGUGUUUUACUUUGUUUGAUAUUUUUCCAUCAGAUAAAACCAGUCCUUCCCAAAGAGCAGGAGGUUUGUUGACCUGAUCUCUGCUGGUCAAUGCAGACUUGAGGGCAGUUGGAAUCAAUUUUGAUGCCAUUAUCGCUGGUGACAGAUGCAUGAGGCCUCAGUAUGAAAAGGUCAAGCAUUGAGAGCGUCCUCCCUAGGGACUCAAGAUGCUUGAGGCAUAAAAAUGUUGUUCCUAAAUCAAUUUCUUACAUAAACACUAUUCUAAUCUCUGUUUCUAAGCACAUCUGCUUCCUGUAGUUUCCCCAGUGUUUGUCACUAAGUGUUAAUAAAGUUGUUCAGAAUAAAGUGAGUGUCAAUUCAUCACUUUCGUGUCCAAGAUCUUGAGGUCAGAGCCAUAGAUGAUUCUCCAGGUGCAUUCAGACACAUAUAAUCUGAAAAAUGUCAAUAUUCUGUCUCACCCACGCCGCAAAGCUUAUAAUUGACCCUGGAGUCGCUCUGAAGGUCACGUUUUUACCC